AUGAAAUUUGAAGAAUGCAUGCAGCUGUUAAGAGAAAAGUUUCCUCAUAUCGAUCCCAAGAGGAUUGAAGAAGAAACAAAGUUGUAUUUGAUCAACAAGGCAGAAGCAUGCCACCUGGAAGAGGAAGAAAAUUGCCAAAUAGAUGACAACUCGGUGGAGGAAUUGAUCAAAAUUUUUUAUGCACAAGGUGGGGAGAAAAAAAAAGACCAUAUGGAGCCCCCCCCAGAAAAGGCACACAAGGAAGAUGCUGCGCAUAGCGGAGAGGGGGAUAAAAAAGAGGAGAAUAACUCCUCAGGGUGUAAUGCAAAAACUUCAGAGUUGCACGUGGAAGGGGGAAUGAAAAAGGACCAGCCAACUGAUGUAGCACAUGAAAGGCCGCACCCCAGUUAUGCAAAACCCGCGGCAAAGGAUAAAAAUGGCGUAAAAGAUUCCCCACGCUCAAAUCAGGCCCGUGACAAGGGAACUCUAGACACUGAUAAGGUUAGCGGUAGAGGGAAGGACCAGUUUUCGAGGGGCACCCCUGGAGGAAGUAGCAAUGAGGUGAAUAAAACAGGAAGAAACGGGAAGAAGGGGGCGAACAGGGGCUCGGGGGGCGAUGCCACAAAUGAUCAGAAAAAGGGGGAAGCAAAUAAGGAGGAAAAUGGGGCAGAAAAAAAGGAGAAAAGAGGGGAAGCAAAUAAGGAGGAAAACAGGGAAACAUAUAUGGAGAAAAAUGUGAAGAAAAGUUGCAACGCCGAGAAUGCUUCAAACAGCCGGACGGACGAAGCGGAAAAGAGGGAAGAUGCCCUAACGAACGAGGCAGAGAAAGAGAAGCGCGCUCCCAUCUGUGCGGCGGAAAAUAGCGGUGGCGCGGGAGACCCCUUCUUGGGUGCGGCCCAAGGAGUGGGGAAGGACAUUUCCGAAAAGGUGAACACAUUGGAAAGGUCCAACUCGGCCGAGGCACCCAGCGCCACCAUGUUUGAAGUGCUCUUCCGAAAGUCGCUGCUAGAAAACGACAACAUAAAAAGGAACAUAUCAUCGAAGAAUUUCUACAUAAUAGGAGAAGACAUGCUGGUGAACAUCACCAUCAUCCUGGACAGAGUCAUAUCUGAGCUGAUAAAGCAUUAUAGGGUAAAAAAAAUGGUUCCAAGCGAACAGGAGCAGCAUUUCGAAGGCUUUUUCAAAGUGCUAUACAAAUUAUUGAGCAAUAUAAGCUACAAUUCGAAGGAGGAAAAAUAUAAAAUUAUAAAAUUCAGUAACAGUCAAAUUAAAACGUCCUUUUUAACAAAUUGUGAAAUUUUUAAUUUAACAAAAUUAUUAUUUGAGAUAUUAAAUUUUAAUACGAGGAGUUACGGGGGGGGUAUUUCCCACCCGAGUGAAGACUCCAAUGUAAGGCCAGAACAAAUGGGAGAAGAUAUCGCAUCGUCACCUUACUAUGUAGACAUGAUCUGGAAAUUUGAAGAAUCCUUUAGCGACAAAGAGUCCAUACUGUUCGAAUUUGUGCUGACCUCCGUCAAUAUAAUUAUGAAUAUGAUAAAUAAGAAAGUCCCUCGCAUCCGAACGAGUAACGAAAAGAUAUUUCCAUCGGAUGGGAAAACAGAACAGAGAGCGUCACAAGAAAGUGAAAUUUCGAAAAAGUACUUUGAAGACCCGAAGAAGUAUCUGGAAAAUUUAUCAAAUAAUAUUUCCCCCAUAAAUAAUAAGCUGCUAAUUAUUCAUGAGAAGAAUAAACAAGAGCAGCAGGCCUUGAGUGACAUUCGUAAGUUGCACAAUGAGAAAUAUGCGGUACAUAAAAAUUAUGCAAACGGGGGUGUUGCACGUGGGAAAAAUUCACAUGGCGCUUCCAGCCGGAACACCGCAUCCGCAGCGGGGAGGAUGAGCAGCUUGAGUGGGAAAAAAAAAAACCAUUCAGCGGAUAAUCGUUAUUGUACGGACAGCGAAUUGGGGGAUAAAAAUAGCUUACAGAAGGGCACCAAAAAGAUAAAGCAUUUCUUCAAAAAUUUAUUUAAAAAGGGGUGA